GAACGCGCCAGGAAUUUCUCCAGUAGCUACUCUGCUUCUCCGCUCGGGAGCUCCAAUACCUUGACGAUGCAUUGCAAUUUCCUGUCGCGAUUCUAAUCCAGCUAUACAUAUACCCCACCAACCAACCCCCUCUCAUUCAUCGCAUAUACACCUCCUACCAACUAACACAUCACUCCUACCUCGUUAUCUCCCUCCCCGCCAUGUUCUCCGUCAUCAUACCAGACCGGCCCUGUCUCACAGACAUCGUCGCCGUCGAGACCCAACCAAAUGGCCAAUCGACCAAAUUCGCCUUCAACUUCCCUCUCGUGCCAUCAUUCACCGAACUCGUCGUCUUCCUUCUCCCGGGCACCGUCCUCCCCCCCGACACCGCCGCCGCAAUCUACAUCCAAUUCCCGGACCCCAACAACGCCCCCGAAUUCCGCUUCAUCGGCGCUCUAGCGAACGAGCGUCCCUCCGCAAUCCUCAAAGUCCACCCGCCACAAAUCCCCGGCCUACAAAACGGAGACACCAUGAUGGGCGCACCCCCCAUGGUGACGUUAGGCAUCUCGCUGGAGCCCGUGCAAACCGUUGCACCGCAGAUUGCUGCGUUGGAGGCGGAACAAGCUGGCCCCGGAGCAUUGGUGCGUCACACGCGACAGCAGAAGGAGAUUACGACCAAGGUGCUCGCGCAGCGGAUUAUUGGCAACGCGUUCAAUUUCUUGGCUAGUUUUGCGUCGUCGGAUCCGAGUAAUAGAGGGCAGGAGGUCGUUCCGUUGAAGACGUUCCGGGAUUGGUGGACGAAGUUUGAGAGGAAGGUCGAGAUGGAUCCCACUUUCUUGGAGAGGGAGAAUCCCUCGGCUACGGGUUGAUGGGUAUACUUUUGUUGUUGGUGUUGUUGUUCGGGCUCGGAGGGUUUGUGAUUUUGAGCGUUUGGGGUUUGCGUUAUAUGGAUUGGUGUCGGGGUUUGGGUCGCUCUAUACCAUCGUUACGGUCUUUUGGCUCGAUGCGCUUGGGUUAGAGGCUAAUCGGUUGCGUCAUUGUAUGGAUAGAAUAUCCGAUCUUGAUUGUCUAUGUCUGUUGCAUAGCUUAUAGAAUUCAAGCAUCAUCGGCCAAAUCUAUUUUCUUGACGGUUUUCUAUUCCAAGGAAAACUUCAGGAAUGCCACGGUAAUGGCAAUCCCGUCGUGUUGGAUCCCGGCGCGACUCAUGGCAUCUUCUGAUACCUCUUUCGAGAAGAGACCAC